AAAAAAACAAAAGAAACUAAAACAAAAAUUUCUGAAGAAUCAAGAAACCAUGAGAAUCCACAUUCAACAAUCAAUGACAAAAUCAAAAUCUAGCAGCAAUGAAGAAGAAAACAGCUGCUACUACCCUGGUUGCAAGAAAAAUGCUAAUUGUAACUGUGAAUUUUGCAUUGCAAGCAUCAAUGCAACCCUUGAUCUCAUACCCAAUUCCACCUUAACCAAAUUCUCUUCUUCCAAACCCAACAAUCUUAAUAAUAAUAACCACUCUCCAAUCUCCAUUGAUUCUUCCUUUUUAUCCACACCCGAAACCAUUUCUCGUUGUAUAACACCGCCAUCCACUCCUAUCAUCAAAUCAAGUGCUAAAUCAAAUCAUGUUCAGAGAAUUGAAAGAAAGAACAAGGGAAAAAAGAGGUCUUUUUAUUCUGGUAUUGGUGUCUUGAGUGUUGUGAUUAUGGUUUUAGGGUUUUUGUUCUUUGCAGACAUUGUUUUGUCAAAGGUUGUUUCUGUGGUUUUUCAACCUUAUUUUUCUCCGGAUGUAGUCAAAAGGGUUGGUGAGAAAUGUCAUGAAUUUCAAGAUUUGAAUGGAAAGUUGAGAUUUUUGCAGAAAGAAUUGGGAAAUUUUGUUCAUGGAAAAGUUUCAAACUGCAGCUUUACUGAUAGCUCAUGGGAAAUCAACCAGGAUGGUCUAUUAUUGAAUUCAAGGUGCAAAUUGUACAAAUCAGCAAUGGAGGAGGUUUCAAUUUGGGGGUGGCCUCUACAAACAGCUGGAAUGCUCACAACUGGGUUGUCUUUUCGUACACUCACUAUCCUAUCAGGAAGAGUUACAGAGUGGAAUGGAGGUCAAGUUAGCUAUUUGAUUCGAAAGGCAAAUACUUCAUGGACACAACCAAAAUGGGGUGCCUCAGUAGUUCAAUUAGACUCUAAUACUUGGGUUCUUGAAUAUCAAAGGAGCUCUAUUGUUGAUGGUAAAGGACUGUUUUCUGCAGCAUUUGAUUUCCUCAAAUAUAGGAUUUCAAGGAACAUUGGCAAGAUGAAGAAAAAUUUCUGGCAAUUUGCUGUAUUUUUUGAAGAUAAUCGUCGAUAUAAUUGGUUCGCGACAACAAACUACGGGUCUAAAACUCCAACUUGAAAUUAAUUAGUAGAUUUUGGAGUUAAAUCAUUCUCAAUCAGCACAACUCCCUCAUUUCUUGUGAGGAUCUCCAACUUUGUUACUGUAAAGAUUUCUUUUUAACUUUGAUUUUAUCAGUUAAUUCUUAGUCAUCAAUAGAUUCUGAACUUCUCUUUGUCUUCA